AUGACCGUGUGGUUUCAACAGAUUUUCAUGCCACAGUCGAAUCAAGAUGCAAAAGCGAAGCGGGCGAUUCUUCUGCUAAAGAGAACGACGGAGCAACUCACACAAAAUGACGACCUGAGGAAAGUCUUGGCUGAGUACACGUCGUCAGCAUCUGCUGAUGCCGACAAUGAGGAGAUGCUUCGGGUGCACGGCUGUUUCCUAGCAAGUGUUGGUCAAAGAAGUCUUGCCGCCGACAACUUUGAGAAAUGUUUGAAACUGCAGCCUAACUCGGAGCAUUGUAUCAUCUCGUACGCCUGUCUCUUGCUGGCAGGGAUCAAUCAAGAGGCACGUCUCUCAGAACUAGAAAGAGCGAGCGAGCUUCUGAAGCGAAUUACCAAACUCAACCCCAACCAUCCCAAGGCUCUCAAGUUGCUACAGCGAAUCUCAGCGCGGUUCUCCGAGAGUGACUUUGCUCUGCUAAGGACUGAGAACGGAUACAUCAACGUUCAGGCAUGCAGAACGUCCUCUUUCUCUCCCCGUGCUCAUCCCUCAACCUUCAGGUCCAUGGAGAAUGCCAAGUCUCCUGUGAAGGACCAGGAGGUUGCGAGCAGUGCUUGUGUGCUGCUGCAACAGCUGACGACCAGCCUGCAGGACAAGAGCGAGAUGCUCGCUGACCUGACCAAGUGCCUCAACCGGUAUAACAACGAUGUGGCCAACAUCACACAGCUAGAGCAGCAGAACGUUUUCAGCAAAGAGGAGGCGCAUCAACAGCGGCAGGAGGCGCUGGAGAGGUUCGAGAAGGCAAAGCAGCUCAUCAUGUCGGGCAAGAAGCUGUCGACGUUUGAUGAUGAUAACGAGAAGGCGGUAAAGGGAGCACCUGAUGACUCUGACGACGACAUGGAUGUCAGUCAGCUACGCCGAAACACCAAGAAGAAGUUCUUCUUCUGCGUCCCGAUCCCAUCCCUCUAG